AUGCCACCUCCUCUGCUCCUGUCCUUCCUCCUCUUUCUUACCCCUGUGGGAGUCAGGCCCCAGAAGCCACUGCUGGUGGAGGUGGAAGAGGGAAAAGAGAUCCUGCUGCCGUGCCUCCAGGAUCAUCCUCCCUCCCAGCAGCUGGCCUGGUCUCGGGGGAACCAGUCGGAACCCUUCUUAGAGCUGAGCCUGGGCUUACCAGACCUGGACAUCCUUGUGGGCCACCUGGGCAUCCUGCUCGUCUUCAACGUCUCUCACCAGAAGGGGGGCUUCUACUUGUGCAGGUCGGGGCCCCCUUCCAAGGACACCUGGCGGCCUGGCUGGACAGUGAGCGUGGAGGGCAGUGGGGAGUUCUUCCGUUGGAAUGCUUCAGACUUAGAGGCCCUAAACUGUAGCCGGGGGAACAUGUCCUCCAGGGGCACUGGGCUCUCUUCUGAUCCCCCCAACACCUCCCAACUCUAUGUGUGGGCUAAGGACCACCCUAAGAUCUGGAAUACAGGGCUGGUGUGUGCCCCACCAAGGGGGAGUCUGAAACAGAGCUUCAGCCAAGAUCUCACUGUGGCCCCUAAUUCCACACUCUGGCUGUCCUGUGGGGCGUUCCCUACCCCUGUGGUCAGUGGCCCCCUCUCCUGGAUCUUCAGGCACCCUCUUAAGUCUCACAUCUCAUUGCUGAACUUAAGCCUGAGCAAGGAGGCCCCAUCCAGAGACAUGUGGGUCCGGGGGUCUGUUCUGUCGCUGCCGCAGGCCACAGCUCAAGAUGCUGGUACCUAUUAUUGUCUCCGUGGCAACCUGACCAUCGAGAUACGCGUGAAGGUCACUGCCCCGUCAGCAGUUUGGCACUGGCUGCUGAAGACUGGWGGCUGGAAAGUCCCCCUUGUAACUUUGGUUUAUCUGAUCUUCUGCCUGGGUUCCCUGGUGGCCUUUCUUCAUCUUCGAAGAGCCCUGAUCCAGAGGAGGUUAAGGAAGCGGAUGAUUGACCCCACCAGGAGGUUCUUCAAAGUGACGCCUCCUCAGGGAAACGGGWCCCAGAACCAGUAUGGAAACGUGCUAUCCCUUCCCACGCCCACCUCUGGCCCGGGACGUACCAAGCGCUGGGCGGCAGGCACGGGAAGCGCCUCCCUGUCCUACGGAAACCCGCGCCGCGAUGCCCAGGAGGCUGGCACCCCAGAAGCAGGACUAGAAGAAGAAGGGGAGGGCUAUGAGGAGCCGGACAGCGAGGAGGGGUCCGAGUCCUAUGAGAACGACUCCAACCUCGGGCGGGACCAGCUUUCCCAGGAUGGCAGUGGCUAUGAGAACCCUGAGGAUGGGUCCCUGGGUCCUGAGGACGCAGACUCCUUCUCCAACGCUGAGUCUUACGAGAACGAGGAUGAAGAGCUGGCCCCACCGGUCACCAAGACAAUGGACUUCCUGAGCCCCCAUGGGUCUGCCAGGGACCCCAGCCGGGAAGCAACCUCCCUUGGGUCCCAGUCCUAUGAAGAUAUGAGAGGGAUCCUGUAUGUGGCCCCCCAGCUCCGCCCCCUUCGGACCGGUCCCAAUCAUGAGGAAGACGCAGACUCUUAUGAGAACAUGGAUAAUCCUGAAGAGCCAGAACCAGCAUGGGGAGGAGGAGGGCGCAUGGCAGCCUGGAGUACCAGGUGACCCCCAGGUGACCAGCUUGCGUGUCCUGAGGCCCCAACACCUGCCUACUCCUGACUUGGAAAUCUGGGGACUCCCAGCAGACAGUGUCAAACCCUGGAGUGAAGUUGCUUGGGAUAUUGGUGUGUGUGUGUGUGUGUG